AUGGUGGAAGCGGUUCAAGCGGUGCAAGUGUUUCCAGAGAAGCAAGGCAACAUGGCCAAGAUUGCCCCCUCCCCCGCACCGGUGAAGCAGCAGAAGUCUAGUGCUUAUGUCGUGAGUGGUUCGUUUGCCGAGGUGCUGGAUAACUACUUCACGCUGCCAGACAAGCCGUCCGACCUAGCUGAGCUCAAGGUUGUUGCUGCCACUUGCUUAAAGGUCUGCGACGUGUUUGCGGAGCAAUCCAAAGAGUACUACAAGCAGGAAAACUCUGUUGAGUACUGUGAAGCUGCGCAUGGGCAGAACAUUCAGCCAAGUCAGAUCUUGACUUGCGAGAAGGAGUUCCUUCCCAAAGUGGAUUUCAAGCUCCAGAAGCCUACGGUUCACUGGUUCUUGCAGUGCUAUCUCGUCUAUGCAAGGUUCAACGCCAAAGACUUGGUCGGGCGAACAUCGUCCUUCAUCGCCGACCUGAUGCUGUUGGACUUUGACUUGAUUGAUUUUAUGCCAUCUUUGAAAGCGCAAUGUGCGUUGCUCCUGGCCGUUUUCCUGGUACAGGAGGAGCUGAAGCAGAGGCAGCAGGAGGCUGCAAAGGACGGGAAGACCUCGUCCUCCGAUAGGCAGCCGGGCAAGCCUCGCGUGGGAGGUGGCCUCCCGUCCCUGUGCCAUUGGGAUUCCCACAUCCGCGAAGCGGCUUGUGCCUCAAAUCUCGCCGUGGACGCCUGGAUGUGCUUGCAGGCAGUGGUCAGAGCUCUGGUGGACAAGCGCCGAGAAUGGAAAAACCUGAAAUUAAAUGCUGUGGAGACAAAGCACGACAAGCUUGCGCGGACGCUGGCCUAUCCUGAAAGGUUCAGAUUCCCAACGUCACAGCUGGUUCGUUACAUCUUGCCAAAUACCCAAAGAGGGCUCAUUCCUGAGUGA